AUGAGUUUGUUACGUGCUAAACUAUAUUCAGUUGAAUUGGGAGCCACUCACAACGCAAACAAAAUUCAACGUAAUUCGUCUAGUAUUGCAACUCGUCACGGGUUGAUACCUGACAUGACCGUUAUUUAUAAAAAGCGUGAAGUAGAGAUUGCAGUCGUAGAAUCUUCCAAAUCAAAACUUACCGAUGAUAUUGCAAAAAAUGAGGGUGAUAAGAUUAAACUUGCGGUUCUCAUGCACGAUCAACUUACUACAAUUCAUGACGAAUUGGCAAAAGAAGAAAAAGAGAGCGAAAUAAGAAAAAUCGAAGUUUACGGAAUUUGUACAUCAA